AUGAGAAAUUGCAAAAUGGUCCGGGUGGCUAGUGUGCUGGGGCUGGUGAUGCUCAGCGUGGCUCUGCUGAUCUUAUCCCUCAUCAGCUACGUGUCCCUGAAAAAGGACAAUAUCUUCACCACUCCCAGAUAUGCCAGCUCGGGGGUGCCCAGAAUGUACAUGUUCCAUGCUGGAUUCAGGUCCCAGUUUGCACUGAAGUUUCUGGACCCUUCGUUUGUACCGAUUACAAAUUCUUUGACACACGAGCUGCAGGAAAAGCCUUCCAAAUGGACGUUUAAUAGAACAGCAUUCUUACAUCAAAGGCAAGGAAUUCUCCAGCAUGUUGAUGUAAUAAAAAAUUUUUCUUUGACCAAGAAUAGUGUUCGGAUUGGACAGCUGAUGCAUUAUGAUUAUUCCAGCCAUAAGUAUGUUUUCUCUAUUAGCAAUAACUUCAGAUCACUGCUUCCAGAUGUCUCACCUGUCUUGAAUAAGCAUUAUAACAUUUGUGCUGUUGUUGGAAAUAGUGGAAUCCUUACAGGGAGUCAGUGUGGACAAGAAAUAGAUAAGUCUGAUUUUGUUUUUCGUUGCAACUUUGCUCCAACUGAGGCUUUCCAAAAAGAUGUUGGAAGGAAAACCAACCUUACAACCUUCAAUCCCAGCAUCCUGGAAAAGUAUUACAACAAUCUUUUGACCAUUCAGGAUCGCAAUAACUUUUUUCUAAGUUUAAAAAAGCUUGAUGGGGCCAUUCUUUGGAUCCCAGCUUUUUUCUUCCACACUUCAGCAACUGUUACAAGAACAUUGGUUGACUUCUUUGUUGAGCAUAGAGGGCAAUUAAAGGUCCAGCUGGCUUGGCCAGGAAAUAUAAUGCAGCAUGUCAACAGGUACUGGAAAAAUAAACAUUUGUCACCCAAGCGACUGAGCACAGGUAUUCUUAUGUAUACCCUUGCUUCUGCAAUAUGUGAAGAGAUCCACUUGUAUGGGUUUUGGCCAUUUGGAUUUGAUCCUAACACCAGGGAAGACCUCCCAUACCAUUACUACGAUAAAAAAGGAACAAAGUUCACUACCAAGUGGCAGGAGUCCCACCAGCUGCCUGCAGAAUUCCAGCUGCUCUACAAAAUGCAUGGUGAAGGACUAACUAAACUGACUUUGUCACAUUGUGCCUAAGAACUUAAAACUUGAAGUGCCAAAUGAUUGUUUAAAAAGUGCCCAAAAUUGAAUUAAACAUUCUUUAAAAUAUAAUUCUAAAAAAAAAGAAAAAAACCUAAAAUAUUUUCCAUAAUAUAAAGAUGCUUUUUAAUAGCCCUUAUCACAGCUCAUCAAAAAGUUUCAGCAUAUUUAGCAAUGCAGAAGUGUUUAUCAAAAUGUACUGACACUAUUCAUGGACCAGAAAAGUUUAAACUCUUUAAGAUAGAUAUUUUGCAUUUAUAGAUAUGCUACUAAAUACAUGUUUUAAAAUAUUUUCAUAUAUAUAUUUUAACAUUACACUAAAUGCCUCUAACCUACAAAUUUUAAUGUUCCCUGCAGAUUAGAAUUAGAACCGUUAGUUUAAAAUAUUUUGCUUAUCUUACAGCUAUUACUAUUAGUAGUGAAACAUACACAUGUUGCCAUGGCUAAUUGGAGAAAGCUAAUUAACAUUUCCAUUUACUAUCAAGUUAUAGUUCUUUAGAAUGAACUCUGAUUUUCACAGCUUGCAUAUCAUCUGUGGUCUUGUAUUUUACAUUUUCCUAGGACUAGUAUUAAAGUGAUGGGCCUUGUCAUAACUAGAUACAUAAAUUGUUCUUAGGUUACUUCAGUGUUUUAAUUCAGUUUGAGACAAAUCCUAGAGACGGACCCAUUUAAAUCUAUGGGAAUGUUGUCAUUAACAUCAGUGUAACAGAAUUUGGCUGUUUGAUUUUAAAAUUAAUGUAUCAAGAUUAAUAAUACAAUUUUUUAAAAUUCUAUUCUGUGAUGAGGAGGCCCUUCCUAAUCCUAUCCAAACAUCCCCAAAGGGGGCUGACAGUGAUUUGAGGAAUAUAGAUCCUUUGGAGGAGGAGCACAGUUUGUAAUAGUCUCUUUGACCUAGGCUCCUCUAUUCCUAAACUCCCCUUCAUCAGUGUUAUUGCUGCACUCCCAGUCUUCACAAGCCUAACCCACAUAUUCUAAAGCCACUGCAAAAAAUGGGUUUUCUACUCCAUAGCCCAUUGCACUACCAACCAAAGCCCUAGUCCUGCAAUGAGCUCUGUGCGGCCUCUGGAGUCCACCCAUGCAGAUAAUUACAGGAUCAGGGUUCAAGAUAGAAAUUAGAUUUUCACAUAUAUUGUUUCUUUUUCCUUGUAGUUCUACUGUACCUCAAGCAUAGUUAUUCUAUGUGUUCGGGUGAUACAUUGUGAUAUGUUCCAAAAGUGGCAUCCAUACUGGAAAUACUAUACCCCAUCCUGUUGCUCCCUCUCCAUGUAUCAAGAUUAAAAAAGAUGUGCAGAAACCAGGGUAACCAUUACAUUGCUCCUGAACAAGUGUAUAUAGUUAUGUCUAAAAAAAAAGUGUAAUGAUGAAACAUAAUUCAACAAAAAUCUUUGAUAGGUUUUUUUAUUUGGGAGCAGUGAGGAUAAGAUCAAUGCCAACAAUGGGAACAGAUUAAAAUUACUGGCUAAAAUUUUCAAAUUUAGGUGCCAAAAGUUAAUCACCUAAUUCCAUAUUUAGGUAAUUAAACAUUCACUGAAGUCCAUGGGAGAUGCAGGUUUCUAAACCACUUUAAAAAUCAGGCAACUUAUGUAGGGACCUAACUUUUGGGGCCUAACUUUGAAAACAUUGGCCAUUAUGUCUCAGGCCAAUUGAUUCUAAUAUUUUUAAAUUAAAACCAUUAUGCUUCAAAAUAUUCUAACAAUUUUAUAUUAUUUUGUAUGGCUUCAAGUGAAGAAUAACUAAGUCCUGGAGGUAUCUGUGAUAAUGAUGUAAAACACCACACAUGCUGCUAUCUUAAUUUUUCAAAGAUUCAUCUACAAAAUAAAAAUAGAAUUUAAGAAUGGAAAACUCCAGGGUAAUAUAAAUAAUGUUCUAAUCAGUGAGGAAUGGUCUCCCUCCUCCAUGGAAUCCACUGAAACCUCUGCACCUUGGCUUGAGAUGGCCAUGCCGGGACUGGAGAAGGAUGGAAAUGGGGACCACUGCUUUAUUUGGCAUAAUCCCCUCAGCAUCCAUGGUGAAAUGCUGACCCUAAUGAACUCAGUGGGAGUUUUGCCUUUGAUUUCAAUAGGAAUUUCUCCCUGAGUUCUUUUCUGAGUGAAAAUCUGCCUGAGAGUUAGGGUGAAAUUCUGGCCCUAAUCAGGUUAAUGGGAGUGUUAGCUCCAUUUCUAAGUUUUCACCUCUCUCAGGAUUCCCAUGUGAGGGGAGCACGGAGCCACCUUGCAACAACUUUAAAAAACUCUGAAUCCCAAUGCCUCUGGUGGAAAAGCAAAUGCUAUCCAGCUGACUUUGCAUCAUCAAACUCAGCCUGUGCUAUGCAUUGUUCUUAAAGUGGUAUUUCCACCAGUGAAGGACGCCAGCCCCAUUCACUGAAUGGAGAUCCUGAAACAGCAAGAGUUUUAAAACCAUUUUCAAAAUUCUUCUUUGAUUCCUGGAGAGGACAUAAAUCACCAACAAUUUGCUGGGUUUGUUUUGUAAAUAGAAACUUAAAACUGAAAGUGUUCAGGAGAAGGUUAGCCUAUAUCCAAACUCACAGAGUAUAGAGUAUUCCAUCAUAGUGUUAAUGGAUGACUUCACACUCUCCUGUUUAGAAAUCGCAUUAUUGCUAAAGUUUCUUGCCCAGUUGUGGAAGCCUGCAUCUGCUUUCCUGAUAUCUUUGUCUGUCCUGCUCGCUAUUCUUAAGAAUUCAUACACUAGAGUUUUACUUAUUACAGGUGUUGUUAUUAAGUGGCCUCAUAAUGGUGAGGUGCCAAUGUAUCAUGGCUCCAUAUGAUUAAUUAUUGCUAUUUUAUUUAUUAUUUGCAUUGCAAUAGCAUGUGAGGUCCCCAAUCAGGGAUUAGUUCUCCAUUGUGCUAGCCAAUGUUCCAACACAGGACAAAAAGACAGUCCCUGCCCCCAAAGAGCUUACAAACUACGAUAUACCCAGGUUAAGGAGCUAGGGCCCAGCCCUGCAAACCUCUACCUUCUGACUAGUCCUAGUGAAGUCAGAUGAGUAAAGGUCUUCAGGAUUGGACCCAUCCCUUGUAACUCCUAAUCUGCCAUGUUACACUGUGGGUGUGAUUGCUAUGGUAUAAUCCAGUCACUGUCCAAUAUUAAACAGUGUUAAACAAGGUUUGGGGUUUGGUAUACAGAAACCUCAGCCUGCUUAGUACCGUGGCAACCACAUUAUUAAAUAUCCCUUUUAACCUUUUAUUAAAGAUAAAGCAAAGAGAGAAAAACAGUUAAAGGAUGCAAAAUGUAAAGUAUUAAGUAAGGUUUUCAUGUUAACAACAUCCCUUGUUCUCUUUCCCUUUAGCUGAAGAGAAUUUUUAGAAGGAAGAAAAAUCUUUGUUUGAUAGUCAUUAGACGGUACCAAAAAUGGUAAUAACUGUCCUUUUGGGAAAAAAUUGAUGAAGAUAGUUGAGAUGGGCUGGAGCUGUUGUUCCUGAUACUAUUGUUAAAGUUUGAUCCUAUUUCAUCCCAGAUGGUGUUUGGGAUUCAGCUGGAGCCAAGCAGAGGUGGUGGUGUGUUCUGUGUUCUCUCUCUCUGGCAUGGUCUGGUCAGGACAUCUCUCAAGAUCAGGAUGAUGAAGACCCAGGGGUCCAGGAGAUGGUGGGGUGGCAGCCAUGAUGGUGAAGCUUGCUCCAGUAGAAAUUUUUCUCCCCAAAGUCUUUUUCUUUUAAGGACCCCAAAAAGGAAUAGUGGGUGGAAUAGCACAUCCCCUCAUUAUUUCAUCCACCAAUUAGGCCUACUUCUGGCACAACAAUUUUGGUUCACUAAUUUCUGGUUCCACACUUUUCUUGCUUACAAGCAGGAUCUUAACACAGUCCUUGAGUUGUAUCAGUAGGCCUUUUUGUAUGGACUAAUUCAGUCUUUCUCCAUUUCGUACCUUUUCCCAUCAAAAUUUGUUGCUAUUGUGACAUCUUAUGAACGUACACUGACUUUUUACAAUGGAACUCACAAUUCAGGUAAAUUUGUAAGCCCAGUUAUCGCAGCUUGGGGUGCAGAAGGGGUAAGAGAGGAGCAACAGCCCAAGAAUUAAGUUCUGAACAAUUGUCUUUUUCUGGGUGCCUGUGUCUAAGGAAGGUGAAAACAUUAUUUACAUAUUUUUCAAAAAGGAAGAAUGAGAAUUAUGAAGGGUAGGGUUCUGCACUAAUUAUUAACUAGGAACGUCAAAUAAUCUUUUCCAAUGUACCUUACUAUUGGAUUGUACAGUGUGUGUGUGUUCACCAUGGAAGCUAAGUCCAUUCUUAAUUCACUGCUAUGUAUAAUAGAAUAUUCUUAGUUUAACUUAAUAUACACACACAGCCACCAAUACACACCUAAUUCUAUAAACAUUGUAUCAUAUUUUGUACUGUGUGGAACUCAGUCACUGGAAAACAGGAAAUAUUGCAGGAGGGUUCAUAGUUGGUAGCUGGCAUUUUAAUUUAAGUGAUGGAUUAUUAAUUUAAACAGUGGGAAACUAUAAUUUUAAUCUAAUUAAGUAAAUAUGAACAAUUAGCAUCAUAUUUGUUUUAAUGCUGAGGCCAAUAUGUUGUAUAUAUUUUUCAGUUGCUGGCUCUCAACAAUAAGAAAUUAUAUUGGCCAACAAUGUCAAUGUUUGGCUACUGUACAUUGUUUACAUAACAUAGUUAUGUGCAAGUUAGGUACAUAGUUAUGUACAAGUUUAGAUUACUAAUGAAUUUAAUUAGAAGUAAUCACAAGCAAAUAUGCACUCGUCUAAAUGAAUGUCUAAAUGAAUGUUCUUUCCAUUCAGUCACAUAGAGCAUCUUCAAGAGACAUUUUCACAAAGGGGAACAAUCUAUUUAGGGCCAGAUUCCAACACCUUUUUUCUAGUUUAAGAUCACCUUACUGCAUGGGUUAUUCCACUGUCUUCUUUCCAUUGACUUCAAUGGGAAUACUCAUGGAGUACAGUAUAACUGAAUCUGAAUAAGAGUAUCAGAAUCUUUUAAAAUGCGGUGGAUCUUCUUAUAAUAAAGUCAUCAUUUUUUCACAGUGCAGCAUCACUCCAAGCAGAAAUUCUCUAGAUCCAAAACUUCUUCUGGUACAUUUCAGUGUAUUGAAAUAAUUUCAGCCCUAAACCACUUCACUAUGGGGUCCCAUGCUAUCAGAGUUUACUGUGAAUUCCACUGUUUAGCAUAGUGGCAACAUUUGGAUAUGAAUCUCUAUUUUGGGUUGGUGUCCUGAUCUGGAGUUUUGUUCCGCACUGCUCUACCAUUUCCUGUUCAGAAAGUGGAUUUAUUUCUCCAGUAGAGCUAGUCAGAAAAACUUCAAUGGAACCAUUUUCCAUUGGAAAAAGAGGUUCCUUUGAAAUCAAAAUGCUUCAUGAAAUUGUGUAGAAAAAAAAAGGAAAAAAGUUUCUAAAAUGUUAAAAUGUCCCAUUUUGACAUUUUCAGAACAAAAUGUUUUGGUGUUUGUUUCAAUUUUAUAUUUUGUAUUAUAUAUUACAUAUAUAUUAUAAUAUAAUAUAAAGUAAAAAGCCAAAAUUGAAACAAAAGAUUUCAUUCAGCCCCAAUUCUUUUUUUUCUGAAAUUUUCUUUUGCACAGAAUUCUGAAAUGUUCAGUUUUCUUUCUUUAUCAGAACAAAUUUUGAAAACUCAAAAUCCUUUGCAAAGUGGAAUUUCCAAUCUCCACACAGCUGUAAUCUCCAGCUUUUUUUUCCUUAUAAUUUUGCUUGCUAUUAUUUUCAUCUGAGGGCUGAAUUCUGUUUCUGUGCCUGCUCUUUUGCACCCACAAAAUGAAUUGCAAGUGCAAAAAUUAUGGGAACAAACGGCUCUGUAAAAGGGAGGCCACUCUUCUGAAACUAUAUGCCUAAUUGUUGAAGGAAGUAGACUAUGGAAUUGUGCCACUUAUACCAGGGCUGAAUUUGUUUAGUUUAAACAAAUGUUGCCUCCCUUACAGCCUGUUUCUCACUCCCCACUCUCCCUUGCAGUGAAGUUAUGCAGUGGAACUAGACUCCAAGUUCUGCUCUCUCCACAGGAAAAGAACUCCCAAGAGCAGACUAUCAGGGGUGAGAUCCACUCUGGGCACUUGACAGGAGAAUUUUGCCCUUGAAACUGUGGUUUGAUAAGCACUACUGUGAUGCUAUAGCAGGGAGAAAGAGGCACUAGGUGCUAAGUGAGAAACACAAAUAUCUUUAAAUAUCAGAAACAGGAAUUCAGAAAAUUAUUGACAAAGGGCCAUAUCAUACCAUUGAUUUUUACGCAUAACUCCCCAUUGUUUUUUCAGAACCCCAUUGAACAUUUCAGAGCCAUCGAUUUCAGCGGGGAGUUCUGCUUCAAAAUCAAUGACACAAUAAGGCCCAAAGAAAAUUGCUUUUUGGUAUCAAUAUUCUUUGUUCAAGUUUGCUGCAAUGUGGAAACCAUGCUUUAAAACAAUGUGUUACUUGUAUCCUUCUGUUUUUCUAGAUGGUAUUUCAAAUCUGCUUUUGUUUAGAGACAAAAAUAACUGGAUUUAUUAUGCAAAUUAAAAGGAACACUAUUUUGGGGGCCAAUACUCUUCUCAUUGGAGUGAAUGGAAAGACUCCCAUAUGAUUCAUUCAGGGCAGGAUCAAGUUCCUCUCCUUGUCCUAAAUCUCCAAUUUCAAAUUAGUUGGAGAAAUUCACAUUAAGAGCCUGAUCCAGAAGUAUCUGUGCUGGUAAACUCCCUUUGACAACAGCAGGUGUUUUGCCUGUGUCAGGACUGCAGGAUUGAGAUCAGUGUCCUUUUCCUAUUGUGUCUCACUCAUGGCUCAUGUAACCCUUUUCAGGGGGCUGAACCUGAAAAGAGUCAAAGGUCCUAUUUGACACCUCUGUGUUCACAAGCCAAAGUCAUUGAAGGUCCAGAUUCUGCCACUUUUACAGUGAGUGGUUAGCACCUGACUCCAUGACUACUCCCUGUGGCAGACUCUGGUUGUGUUUUAUGGAGAGAUCAAAGCCAAGACAAACAAAUGAAUGGGGUUGAACUGGGAAGGCGCAGGGCCAGGAGCACCCAAUAAGUGUGCUGACUCACCACAUCUCCCAAGCAGACUGACAGGGACACCCCACAUAAAUUAAAGCAACUCGUCCAGCUGCUUUCCUCCAGCCGAUCAGAUUCUUUGAGUGUCAAGUGACAAAAAUUGCACCCCACCCCAGGUGUUGAAGAGGGUAAAUCAUGCCUACAUUUGUUAUCUUGUUGGCUACACUCUUCCUGCCUUUCUCUUGCAAUCUGAAUUCCUUCUUGUCUAUAUCAAUCUAAAUGGAUUUCUGAUGGCGAAGGAUAAAUAUGCAGUAAUACAAGUAAAAAGAAGAACAGGAGUACUUGUGGCACCUUAGAGACUAACAAAUUUAUUAGAGCAUAAGCUUUCGUGGGCUACAGCCCACUUCU